GCAAUCAAAGCUUUUCACUGUUACCGCCCCCGAAGUGUCAGAGGAAGUGUCAAAGUCCUCAUUUAGUACUUGGUAAAAAUGGCGUCCAACGCAGUUAGCCAGGUAACCGACAAAUCUCACGUCUGCCAGGUGUGUUUGGAGGACUUCAAACAGCCUAAAAUGCUGCCGUGUCUUCACACCUUCUGCCAGCCGUGUCUGGAGAAGCUCCUGGCCACAGAGCCGGCAGGGAAACUGGACUGUCCAACAUGCCGACAUGACGUGCCCCUCCCAGAAAAUGGCGUUGAUGGGCUGGAGUCCAACUUUAUCGUUGGGGAAAGAGGCAACAUUCUGGAACAACAGCCACAACAACAGCUGCAAGGGCAAAAUGCUGAUGCAAGAGAGGACGGAGUUCCCUGUACGGUUUGUGGAUUCGGCAACUUGGCUCAGUUUUACUGUACGGAAUGUACCGAAUACAUGUGUCAGACGUGUAACGAUGUUCACUGUCAAUUCAAAGCAACUACGGCACACAAAGUUGUAUCAAUUCAAGACCUGCAAUCCAGACAAGUUGCUACGGACGACGGCCAGGUGAGAACAUAUUUGCGCUCACCUCAAAUCACGCAGGUACGACCGGAAGUACUGCUUGGUGGAGCAAGUCUAAUACCCGUCAAAGCCGUUGGGGAAGGGGGCGAUGGAGACGUCUACGGAACAUUCAAUGCUCCAGCCUUGCUGGCUGUCACCGCGGAGGGAGAAAUCAUAGUGACUGACCAUGACAGCAAUAGCCUGCAAUUUCUGGACAAAGAUGGCUCCUUCAAGAAGAAGGUCGAUCUGGGGUUCAGGCCGUGGUGCGUGGCGGCACUGACAAACGGUGAGCCGUUGGUGACAGGAGACAGACACAGGAUUCACGUACUAGACAAACAGGGGAGGGAGUCACGUAUCAUCCAGUUCGGGGACAAAGGUCAAGGUCAGCAACAGCUGGGUCCCUUUCUCUACGUGACCGUCAACAGCAGCAAGGAAAUCAUCGUCCUUGAUUGGGGAAAUCACAAGAUUGAGAUAUUUGACGUCAUCGGUCGUCGUCUCUACACGCUCGGGUCACAUGGCUCGGGACCUGGCCAGCUGCACUACCCCUGUUCCGUCAUCACGGACAGCGAGGACAACAUCAUCGUGGCUGACAGUUGGAACGAUCGUGUUUCCGUGUUUAAUAAGGACGGCACGUUUAUUGGGCACGCGCUGACACGGGAGGAACACGGACUGAACCGUCCACAAGGACUGGCGAUGACUCACGACGGGCGUCUGGUGCGACCGAACGCGGUGAUCGGGAAUGGCGAUGGCAGUUUCAAACUGGUCAAAACGGUCGGGAAGUGGGGCAGUGGAGAUGGACAGUUCAAGGUUCCGACUUCGCUUGCCGUCACCGCGGAGGGAGACAUUGUUGUUGCUGACCGUGACGUCUGCAAUUUCUGGACAAAGAUGGGUCUUUCAAGGGGAAACAGCGACCAAAUCAUCGUCAGUGACUUUGACAACCACAACGUGAAGAUAUUUGACAUGGCCGGCCGUCAUCUGUUCACGUGCGGGUCACGUGGCUACGGACCUGGUCAGCUGCAUUACCCCUGUUCCGUCAUCACGGACGGCGAAGACAACAUCAUCGUGGCUGACUAUUGGAACGAUCGCGUUUCCGUGUUCAGUCGGGACGGCAUGUUUAUCAGGCACGUGCUGACACACGAAGAUCACGGACUGUUCAGUCCAACGGGACUGGCGCUGACUCUCGACGAGCAUUUGGGUAAAGAACAGCCAACAAAAGACAAUGAGACGACUACACCUGCAAAGGUGGCAGCAAAGUUUCAAGACCUGGACAAGAAAUGGGCUGCCGGUGGUAACACAGACUCUGUGCUGGUUGGAUACGCACAGUUGUUGGUAGAGGGAAUUGUAAAGGACAAUAGCAUGUUAGAAACAGAAGCGAUGAAAAGCCUCGGUGACGUGUACCUGAAAAGAGGAACAGAAACUCUGGACACUAGAGACUUGACCAGAGCGUCUGCUCUGUACAACAAGGCACUGGCGCGGUGUCACAACGUUCAGGGGACAGUUGUCCUUGUUCAUCGCUUACUGCAUACGACAAAAAUCAGGCAGGACAUAACCAUACAAAACAUCAAGAGGUCAGCACGUACGCAGCGACAACAUGACGUCAGAGGGCGGAAGGACCACGUCUUUCCCUCCUCAGCUACUCCCUCUAGCGACGUCAUCGAUGACGGCACGAGCCGUCUGCACAGAAGAACAACAGGACAAGUUUCAAACGCAACACAGGGCGACGGGGACAGGUUUGAAAUUUUACAUUAG